GCAGCGCCGACUGAGGACUCCUCUCCGUCGUCGCCUCCUUCAUUCGAGGACCUAAUCACUGAAGCGACAAAUUUCAGUGGCGACAAUGAAAAUGAGUCAUUGGAAGUGAAGGCCCAGAAAGCACUGGAAUGCCCUUGUGUCGCAGACUUAAGAAAGGGUCCUUGUGGAAAUCAAUUUUCAGAGGCAUUUGUCUGUUUUAUAAAGAGCACUGCCAAGGAGAAGGGAUCGGACUGUGUUAGCCCCUUUAUUGCAUUGCAGAACUGCAUCAAAGCGAAUCCCGAUGCAUUUUCUAAGGAUAUAAUAGAAGAUAAAACUGAAGAUGAAGAAGUUCAAGACUACAAAAUAAUACCCCCAUCAUGGUCUCGAGAACCCAAGCCAAAAGGCGUCUCGAAGCUAUAAGCACUGUUACUUCAUAUUCAGUAUUUCAAGCAUUUGGGAUUUUAGCCUAUAUUCAUACAGUUUAUAAUGUGGGAGUUGAGUAUACUCUUAAAUUUGGUAGACCAAUUACACGUCUGCGAAGCCGAAAAAAUUGGAGAAAAUUGUUCAACAUACGAUAUGAGAAUUGAAUUGUAUGGUCACUGAACAUGUACGAGCACCGGCGAGAGGAAAAAAGAAUUUCAAGAGAUUUCUGGCA